UGUAUUGUGCACUAAUCUAGCAAAUUAAGCCGGUCGCACUGAUAACAUGUGCACAAAAAGAAGCAUACGUCUGGUUUAAAUAGGAACGCCGAUCCGACGGAAGCCAUCAGUUUCGAGUUGUCCACCUUGAAGUUCUGUUGAAAAACCAAACCACCCUUCAAAAUGUCUCUGAAGUCCGACGAAGUUUUCGCCAAGAUCGCUAAGCGUCUGGAGAGCAUCGACCCCGCCAACCGUCAGGUCGAGCACGUGUACAAGUUCAGAAUCACCCAGGGUGGCAAGGUUGUCAAGAACUGGGUUAUGGAUCUGAAGAACGUCAAGCUGGUCGAGUCCGAUGAUGCCGCCGAGGCCACCCUGACCAUGGAGGAUGACAUCAUGUUCGCCAUCGGAACCGGUGCCCUGCCCGCCAAGGAAGCCAUGGCCCAGGACAAGAUGGAAGUCGAUGGACAAGUUGAGCUGAUCUUCCUGCUGGAGCCAUUCAUUGCCUCGCUGAAGUAAAAUGCGUGACGCGGCCCUUGUGAAUACCAAUCAUUGCAUGUGCUUGCCUCGUUUAAUCAGAGCGAAUGUCAUGUCAUCCAAACUACUGUGUUGUAACUUAUUAUUUUCCUGUAUCGCGAUUUCGGCAUCAUUAAAACGUAUUUUGUAAAGUA